AUGGCACGCCCCAAAGCCGCCCCGAGCGAGUAUGAGCGCAAGCGGCAAGAGAACAUCGCAAAGACUCAAGCGCUACUGCGCAACCUAGAAAUGGAGGCGGCUCAGGCCGGCCUCGGCCCAACCGCAAAAUCCGCCUCCACCACCAAAGCCAGCAGACCGAAGAAGCCAGCCCCAAAGAAGAUCAAGCAGGAAGAGGUGGCUCCGCGGCGCACAUCAUCCCGUCUCAAGGGUAUCGAAGCGGAUAGCGAAACGGCGAAGCGCAAGGCGGAAGAGGAACAUGAGGCGAGGAGGGAGGCGGACAAGGCGAAGAGACAGCGUAUUAGUGAUGCUUUUAAUUUUGGGGAUAUAUUGGUUGCGGGGAAGGGGGGAGAUGCGAUAACGAGUUUGCUGAAUGUUGUGGGGCCGGCGAAUCCUUAUGAGCGGACGUUUGAUGUAGAUGAUGUUAAGGAGACGUCGGACAAGGAGCUUCGAGCGUUAAGAGAGAAGAUGAGUGGAUUGGAGUUGUGGCCCGAGUACGAACCAAACGAGCUGAAGAUCACUCCUGAGCGCAUUUACGCCCUAGGCCUGCACCCCACCACCGAAAAACCCCUCGUCUUCGCCGGCGACAAACUAGGCAACCUCGGCAUAAUCGACGGCUCGCAAAAAGCCACAGAAAUCAAAGUCGAAGACGACGAAGACGCAGACGUAGAAGGCCCCUCCAUCACAACGCUUAAACCGCACACCCGCACAAUCCACACCUUCCAAUUCAGCCCCCACGACGCAAACGCCCUCUACUCCGCCUCCUACGACUCUUCCGUGAGAAAACUCGACCUCGCAAAAGGUGUCGCGGUGGAAAUCUACGGCCCGAAAGAUAGCGAUGAAGACGCGCCCCUCUCAGGGGUUGAAAUCUCAAAGAAUGAUCCGAACAUGCUGUACUUUUCCACGCUCGACGGCCGCUUUGGCAUCUACGACAUGCGCACGCCUGCACAAAAAGCAGCUGGUCUCGAAAUCUUCCAGCUCUCCGAGAAGAAGAUCGGAGGGUUUAGCUUACACCCGUUACAACCGCACCUCGUGGCAACCGCCUCGCUAGACCGCACGCUCAAGCUGUGGGAUCUGAGGAAGAUAAAUGGGAAGGGCGAGUGGCGGCUCCCCGCGCUGGUCGGCGAGCAUGAAAACCGCCUCUCGGUGUCGCAUGCAGCGUGGAAUGCAGCGGGCCAGGUGGCGACCGCGAGCUACGACGAUACCAUCAAGAUCCACGAUUUCUCCAGUUGUGCAAGCUGGAAGGCGGGACAUACAUUGACGAACGACGAGAUGAAGCCCAGCGCUGUCAUCCCGCAUAAUAACCAAACGGGGCGGUGGGUCACCAUCCUGCGGGCGCAGUGGCAGCAGUUCCCCGAGGAUGGCGUGCAGCGCUUUUGCAUAGGGAACAUGAAUCGUUUUGUGGAUGUGUACACGGCGAAGGGGCAGCAGUUGGCGCAACUUGGAGGAGAAGGCAUUACGGCAGUGCCGGCGGUGGCGAAGUUCCAUCCGUCGAGGGACUGGGUUGCUGCGGGGACGGCGAGCGGGAAGUUGUGUUUGUGGAUGUAG